AGGCAACUCCGCCUCCUGGGGGCUGGCCCUGGGUUGGACAUUUCUUAACAGCAGGACUGCCAGGCAGAGUGAGACAGCCAGGAGGAAGGGCAGCUUGGCAGAGCCUCAGAGAUUCUUACAGAGGGCGAGAGGGGUGCAGGCGUGGUUUGCCUUUGACCAUCGGCAGAAGUCUGAAGGAUGGACCCCUUUGAGGACACGCUGCGGCGGCUGCGGGAGGCCUUCCACACGGGGCGCACGCGGUCGGCUGAGUUCCGGGCUGCGCAGCUCCGAGGCCUGGGCCGCUUCCUGCAAGAAAACAAGCAGCUUCUGCAUGACGCACUGGCCCAGGACCUGCACAAGUCGGCCUUCGAGUCGGAGCUGUCUGAGGUUGCCAUCAGCCAGGGCGAGAUCACCCUGGCCCUCAGGAACCUCCGGGCCUGGAUGAAGGACGAGCGUGUGCCCAAGAACCUGGCCACACAGCUGGACUCCACCUUCAUCCGGAAGGAGCCCUUUGGCCUCGUCCUCAUCAUUGCGCCCUGGAACUAUCCCCUGAACCUGACGCUGGUGCCCCUCGUGGGUGCCCUCGCUGCAGGGAACUGCGUGGUGCUGAAGCCAUCAGAGAUUAGCAAGAGCAUCGAGAAGGUCCUGGCCGAGGUGCUGCCCCGAUACCUGGACGAGAGCUGCUUUGCUGUGGUGCUGGGGGGGCCCCAGGAGACGGGGCAGCUGCUGGAGCACAGGUUCGACUACAUCUUCUUCACAGGGAGCCCUCGUGUGGGCAGGAUUGUCAUGACCGCUGCCGCCAAGCACCUGACACCUGUCACCCUGGAGCUGGGGGGCAAGAACCCCUGCUACGUGGACGACAACUGCGACCCCCAGACCGUGGCCAACCGCGUGGCCUGGUUCCGCUACUUCAACGCCGGCCAGACCUGCGUGGCUCCCGACUACGUCCUGUGCAGCCCCGAGAUGCAGGAGAGGCUGCUGCCCGCCCUGCAGAGCACCAUCACCCGUUUCUAUGGCGACAACCCCCAGAGCUCCCCAAACCUGGGCCGCAUCAUCAACCAGAAACAGUUCCAGCGGCUGCGGGCACUGCUAGGCUGCGGCCAUGUGGCCAUUGGGGGCCAGAGUGACGAGAGCGAUCGCUACAUCGCCCCCACGGUGCUGGUGGACGUGCAGGAGACGGAGCCGGUGAUGCAGGAGGAGAUCUUCGGGCCCAUCCUGCCCAUCCUGAACGUGCGGAGCGUGGACGAGGCCAUCGAGUUCAUCAACAGGCGGGAGAAGCCCCUGGCCCUGUACGCCUUCUCCAACAGCAGCCAGGUGGUCAAGCGGGUGCUGACCCAGACCAGCAGCGGGGGCUUCUGUGGGAACGACGGCUUCAUGCACAUGACCCUGGCCAGCCUGCCUUUUGGAGGAGUGGGUGCCAGCGGGAUGGGCCGGUACCACGGCAAGUUCUCCUUCGACACCUUCUCCCACCAUCGCGCCUGCCUCCUGCGCAGACCGGGGAUGGAGAAGCUGAACGCCCUCCGCUACCCGCCGCAUUCGCCGCGCCGCCUGAGGGUGCUGCUGGUGGCCAUGGAGGCCCGAGGCUGUAGCUGCACACUGCUCUGAGCCCUUCCCCAGGCCCAGGCCCGAGACCACCAUGACCGCUGUCGCCUGCAGCUGGUGGAGAUGGGGCCCGGGCUCCAGGACCUUAGGAGGAAAAGGAUUGCCAAGGCUCCAGGGCACUCCUCAAAGCAGCGCCUGCCUCCUCCCUCCUGGGUCUUCCCUCUCCCUGCCUCAGCCUCCUCCCUCAGCCGCUCCCAACUACGAGAGCCGAGGCAGGAGGCGUGGGAAACAGUGCAGUGACCCACUCCCUGCCCCCGCACCAACCACCCAUGUUCAGGAGAAGAGGACAGACACGGUGCCUCUAAGCCACCCGUCUCCUGUGGAGCGGGUGGCCGAGGGGCCCUGGCAUCUGACUCAGGCCACACCAUGGAAUCACUGCAUCCAAGGCCAUCUCUGCCCUCUGAGUCUCAGUUUCCCCAUUUGUUCAGUGGAGAGAAUGAACCAAGUCCCACUUUUGAACAAGUUGAUGAUUCUGAAACCGGCCCAAUUUCCUAACAAGCCGGAUGCUUGAGAAACCUACAUUUGGACAAUGACAGGCAGUGCCCACAGCCUGCCGGCCACCUCCUCUUCCUUGGCUCCUGCUUUCUUUUCAGACGGUAUCAACCUACAACUUUAGUCAGGGACGGGGACAGGGAUGGACCUGAGUUUCAUCUCCUGUCUCUCUGGCUGAUGUCACCUGAAUAAAGCCUUCUUCCCUGGCAA